UCCUUGUAACACACAACUCUUGUUUUGGACGUCUUCCUCAUCUUUACUCCUCGGGACACUUUUUACUUCUCUUUGGACAACAUUUUUGAAGACAGUUGUAACCUUAAAUGCCCGCGAAGUUAGUGGACAAUCAAAUUAAACAACAGCCGCGACAUUUUGGACUUUUCGUCAAGCGGCUGUUUUUUUGCCGAGGAGAAACAUCGUAAGAGAAGAUUCCAAGCUGGAAGACAGCUUCUUGCUUCGUUGACUUAACGGAACAUCGUAUCAUGUUGUGGAAAGUUUGCUGACGCUGUUGUGACUUUGGGAUCAGUUAGCCAUGUUGGAUCCGGUAUGUCUGCAAGAGGACGUCAGCCUGUUUAACAGCCAUCGUGCUUUCACACACAGACACACGACCCUAACUUAAGUCUGUGACAGGAUUCUUCCACCGCCGUCAAUGGAGAGUUAAUGUGUGUGCACUACAAUGGGGACAAGGGAGAAUAUUUGGACAUUCCCAUCAAAGAAUUAAAACAAAUCAGAAGACUUAUGGGAUAAUUCACAACGUAACCACAAUCUGGACCAGUCGUCUGUCGCACAAUGCAUUGCUCGUUGAGAAAGAAAACACCAGCGCGCAACUCGGACUUCUCGGCUAUUGCCGUCCCCUCCAUGCACGGGUCGGGGUACCUGGACUACACGGUGGAAAGCCACGCGUCCAAGUCCCUGCAGCACAUGGACGAGUUCCGACGUCAGGAGGUACUGUGUGACCUGGUGCUGCACGUCACGCACAAGGAGAAGAGCAUGGACUUUAAGGUGCACAAGGUGGUCCUGGCCUCGUGCAGCCCCUACUUCAGAGCCAUGUUUUCCAGCAGUUUCAUAGAGUGUCAGGCCUCGGAGGUCACCCUGCGCGAUGUCUGCCCCCAGGUGGUGGGGAGGCUGAUCGACUUUGCCUACACGUCCCACAUCGUCGUGGGGGAGAAAUGUGUGCUGCAUGUUCUUUUGGGUGCCAUGAGGUUCCAGAUGGAAGACGUGGCCAAGGCAUGCUGCGACUUCCUCACCAAGCACCUGGAGUCGUCCAACGUCAUCGGCAUCACUCUCUUCGCAGAGGAGAUCGGAUGCGCCGAGCUGUACAUGAAAGGCCGGGAAUACAUCAACACACACUUCAGUGAGGUGACCAAAGAGGACGAAUUCUUUAGUUUGUCUCACUGCCAGCUGCUGGAGCUCAUCAGUCAGGACAGCAUCAAGGUGCUCUGCGAGUCAGAGGUGUAUAAAGCAUGUACCGACUGGGUGAGCUGGGACCUGGAGAAUCGAGCCCAGUACUUCCACGCUCUCCUGAACGCGGUCCACAUCUACGCUCUGCCCCCCAAGUUCCUCAAAAACCAGCUCCAGUCCUGCCCCAUCCUCAGCAAGGCCAACGCUUGUAAGGACUUCCUCUCAAAGAUCUUCCAGGAAAUGACGUUAAGGAAGGUUACUACGGCGCCCAUACGUGGAACACAGCUCAUCUACGUGGCUGGCGGAUAUCGGCAGCAGUCCCUGGCCACCAUGGAGGCUUACGACCCGCGCAGGAGAGAGUGGAUAAACCUGGCCGACAUGGCCGCACCCAGCAGUGGCCUGGCAGCGUGCACCCUUUUCGGGCUCCUCUACACCGUCGGCGGCAGAAACCUGUCGCUGGAGAACACCACCGAGUCCAACAUGCUGUGCUGCUACAACCCUAUGACCAACCAGUGGAGCCAGCGCGCGCCCCUCAACAUCCCCCGAAACCGGGUCGGGGUGGCCGUGGUGGACGGCUGCAUCUACGCAGUGGGCGGCUCCCAGGGCUCCACGCUGCACAACACUGUGGAGAGGUGGGAUCCAGAGUCCAAUCUCUGGUCCUUCGUGCGCCCCAUGUCGGUGGCCCGCAUGGGGGUGGGAGUGGCGGCAUGCGGGGGGGCGCUCUACGUGGUGGGUGGCCUCGAUGGACCGAACCGCUCCAAUAUGGCAGAGAAAUACCAACCGGACACGAACACCUGGCACCAGCUGGCACCCAUGAGCACCGUACGCAGCGGACUGGGGUUGGUGUGUGUCAACUCUUACCUGUACGCCAUAGGAGGCUUCGACGGACGCCACCCGCUGGCCACCGUGGAGCGCUACAACAUAGCCAGGAACACGUGGGAGUCCAGGGCAUCCAUGCAGAGCGGCAGGAGCGCGCACGGCGUGGCUGUGCACCAGGGCCGCAUCUUUGUGCUCGGAGGCUUCAACCAGCACGACUUCCUGUCCAGCGUGGAGCGUUACUGCCCCGAAAGGAACGAAUGGACGCACGUCACCGAGAUGUCGACGGGGCGCAGCGGGAUGGGCGUGGCCGUCACCAUGGAGCCGUGUCCGGGCAGCCUUCCCGAGCAAGAAGGAGAAGUCGAGCAGGGAUGAAGGGACGCUCCUGAAGGAGGCGCUGCUUUGUAAGUGGAUGCAACAGUGUUAUGUGUGAAAUGUGGAAGAUUGCAGGUGGACUUUUGCAUGGAAAAAGGACAGUAAGGACAUCUACUCAAUGUUGGAAACCAACCAAGGUGCAACAAUUACCAACAAUCUACAAUAUUUAAUUCAUUUUGAAAAACUGUUGCAUUUCUACCUCUCUUAUAACCCCCCUCCCCACAGACAUCUAAAUAGAGCACUUUGCUAAUGCCAAUGUAGUUCAUAUUUACUUCACUGUAAUUCAUGUAAAGCUUUUGAAAAUAAAUAUAAUGAAAUAGUUUAA